AUUUUAAAUUUGCCUCCUUUUCUUUAUUUGACACUUUUGACAGUUUCCGUCUCUCGUCCUUGUCUUAAGUGACAGUGACAGAGAGAGUUGACAAACGUCUCUUUUUUUUCUCUUUUGACAGUUUUUAAAAAGCAAAAUGGUGAACGUACCGAAACAACGGCGUACAUUUUGCAAAAAAUGCAAAGUUCAUAAGUUGCAUAAAGUAACACAAUACAAAAAAUCAAAGGAACGUCAUGCAUCCCAAGGCAGAAGACGUUACGACAGGAAACAACAAGGUUUUGGUGGUCAGACUAAGCCUAUUUUCAGGAAGAAGGCAAAAACUACCAAAAAGAUCGUAUUAAGAAUGGAAUGUGCCGACUGCAAGUUCAGAAAGCAAAUUCCCCUUAAAAGAUGUAAGCAUUUUGAACUUGGAGGUGACAAGAAACGUAAAGGACAAAUGAUUCAGUUCUAGAAUGUCCCGGUAUAUUUUUAAGUUAAUAAAAAAAUAUCUAAAAUUUG